CUCUGCCCGGCCGCCGCCCCUCCUAGUCCAGAGAGACAGGCAGAGUGGGCGAUGGGUUCCCGCUGUGCCAAGCUCAGCACAGGCCACAGCACGGGCCACGGCACGGGCCACAGCCGGGGCCAUGAAUCCUCCAUGAAGAAAUUUGUGGCCUGCGUGAGUCAGGACAACUUCUCCUUGUCUUCCAAGGGCGAGGAAGAGGAGGAGGACGAGGAGGAGGAAGAGGAAGAGGAAGAGGAGGAGGAGGAAGAGGAGCUUCCAGUGCAGGGCAAGCUGCUGUUGAUGGAGGCCGAGCGGCAGGAGGAGAGCGCCGAGGACAGCCCCAUGGCCGAGCAGAGUCCUGAGCCCAAGCAGGUGCACUCCUGACCGAUGGCGACGGCCCAGGAAGAGUGCCCACCACUACUCCAGCGAGAACUUUCAGAAAAGAGUCAAUAAAAAGUCUCA